UUCAUAGUAAUUAACCGAGUCUGCCUUGACAUUUUUAUUGUCCCUUUGGUUUUACCGCAUGAAUUUACACAAUGCUUUAUGUAAAGAGAUGUAAAGAGAGUUUAGAGGAGUUGCCUCCAGAUAUGCAGUGAAACUGAUUGUUGUUCACAUAUGAAGUGUGUUCGUAGCUUAAACACAACCCAUUCUGAUUACUAUAUAGUCCAAAACAUGGCGCCUUUCUUUCUCUUUUUCUUUCUGAAACAUCGAUUAUGAGCGCAUAUUUAUUUAUUUAUUCUGGGGUUAUAAGAAAGGCGGAACUAUAGAGAUGUGAACGUUUAUUCUGAACAUCUUUUCUGUGUAACCUGUGAUUGACUCUCAGCCUAUAAUAACAUGCUGUCUGGGCAGUUAUUUGAGUUCAGGCUGUGUUAAGGUGUUGUCUCUAGUGCCCCACCCUCUUUAAUCCUACAGGUAAUGAGCCAUUGAUGAUGGAUACAUUUUGCGAUUUUGUUUUAUUUAAACACUUUUUUUUUUUUUUUUUAAAUCACUUUAGACGAUCUUCGACUGCUAUGGCCACAUCCUACAUCGCAUUGUAUAGGCUACUAAAUAGUCUAUGAAACUAGUGGAGUAUUAUUCUGACCCAGGCUACUAUUUAAUACCAUAGCAUGCGGUUCUGGAUGUAGAUCUGAAUGUUUAUAAUCUGAACUUUUCCAGUGUUUUUUUUAGACUGUGUAGAAAUGUUGAUGUUAGAAGGGAUUUAUUUGUUCUGUUCAAGGCUGGUCUUUGUAUCACUUCUGGGCUGUUCUCGGCAUGAUGGCGCCACUUUCCUGCUUUAAAAACGUUUGAAAGCUUAACAAAAUUCACAAGAUGGAAAUGGUGCCAUUAGUCAUUCGUCACCUUUCAGAGGCGCGUUUUCACCGUCGUGUCUCUGGCGCUCGGUUACAUAACGUGCACUUUAUUAUUAUUGGAGAACACGUGUUCACAGAAAGAAGAAGAAGAGAAAGUAGGCUAAACAUAUCCAGGUGGCCAGUAAUGAAGCGGCCGAGGAUGUCGGCAUCAGAUUCAGACUGUUCCAUCGACUGGCUGGCCAGUGAUGAUGAUCAGGACAAUGACAGUGAGCUGGAGACUGAAUGUGAUCGAGAGCAGGACACAUUGCCCACUACGCCUGCAGCUCAGAACAGCUGUGGCCCUCAAACCUGCAGGAAAAGCAGUGACACCUCAGUGAAGGAUAGGGAGGACAGGAGCUGCAGGAGCAGUCCCCCCUCCAGCCCAAGCAGCUCUUUCAGCCCUGGAGUCAGGGAGCCUUCACCAUCGGGACAGGAAGACAUGUCUGGCCACAGCUGCAUCUCAGGAAGCCCUAAAGGCAAAAGCAGACAGGCGCAAAAGAGAGCACGGUGCCUGCCAGUGCCGGAGCAAAAAGAAAAGCAGCUCACAGCCAGCCCAACCGAGAAGGACAAGCUGUUUGCGUGCAAGUGUGUGGAGUUGCAGUGCUAUAUUCACCCACUCUCCUCGAUCCUGAAUGGCCUCCGUUCUGGAAGAUACAGAGAACGGCUCAGCACUUUCCAGGAGAGUGUAGCCAUGGAUCGGAUCCAGAGAAUAAUGGGGGUCCUUCAGAAUCCUUGUAUGGGUGAACGAUAUAUUGACAUCAUCCUGAAAAUGGAGGAAAUGUUGAAGACCUGGUUCCCUAACAUAAAACCCAGCCACCAAACCACCACUGUGGAGCUGACACAAGAGACCACCCUGUUGAAAAAACCCAAGUUGUCCUCGGCUCCAGCCACCAUUUCUGCCGGUCUCUUCAACUCUGGGACUGCUGGAGCUUCUCCUGUGGCUGCUAAGGCCAUGCGAGUCAGUGACCUCAUCCUUUCAGCAUCUUACUCUGCCACCAAUCUGAAAUGGCUCCACACAUCUCCUAUCUGCUCGCCCACUGCUGAGCAGGGCCAGCGCACAGUCCGGAACUUGCUAACAGCACACAGGGACGAGGAUGUGACACAGGACAACUCUGUUUCCUCCACAAUCGACACCCCUGAACUGAACAUGGACUAUGUGCCAAGUCAGCCACCUCCAGGAAAGAUCAGUGCCCCAUGCCUGGAGAGACUACUGAAAUCCACAGAGAGCAUCAUCAACCACAAAGCCUCCAGGGGGACGAGCAGUAUGGGCACUGGCACCUUGUCCUAGUCCACAGAGACUGUGCUUUGGGUAAUCGGAGCCUAAACAGCAGGCACUCCUAUUAUCUCAUGCCAGUGCACUCGAGCGCACCCCAGCGCAAACCCCCUGCUCCAUUUCAGCCUUCAGGGGAGACACAGAGCAUAGCUAUGGCCAAACCUAGCACCUAGAUGGACAGAUACACAUGCAUCAGCGGGUCACUGGUCUGGCAGUGCGUCCUCAUCUAAUUUGGGUUUGUCAGCUUUGAAUCCUCUCGGGUGUAUUACAGUUUGUCUCCCAGAUCUGCCUGGUGAGACAGAGGACUGGUGGCUUGAUGUGUGGAGGCAGCAUAUUGGUAUCUGUGAAUAAAGGAAACCAUUACUUCAGAAGGGGAUGGGAAAAGCAGGAGUAAUGCAUUUCUAGGGAACACUUCAGAUAUUCCAAUGUGUUGGUGAUCUCCAUUGUAGUUGUAGAUAAAAGAUGUUGGAUGAAUGUGAAUUUUGCUUCUUUUUUUUUCUUUUCAUCCGCUCCACUGGAGUCGGUUAAUGUGACUGUUACUUCAUAGGUAUAAACCUUAAGCUUAGAUUUUGGUACAACGGUUCUACCUCAAUCUGACACCAUGUCAAUGGUUGUGUAUGGAACGAAUAAGAACUAACGUUCACUGAUGUAGAAUCAGAAAGAGGGAGCCUGCUAAGAUCAAGGUGAGCCAGAUUUGCCUGUAGUGCCGGGGUCUUGGGAAUGAGCUUUUUUUUUCUCUGCAAGGAGAAGCUCCACAGGCCUGACUGGUGCCAAUGUAUAGAAUGUGAACUGCAAAUUUCUUUUUUUGUGUGUGUGCUUGUGUUCUUUCUUUCAAUGAGGGUCUCGAAGUUUGAGGGCAUCCAGUGCCUGUUUAAUUUGAUGUCAAGCUGUGCCUGUACACUGGUUUUGAAGUGAAUGAGAACCACCUGGAUACCUGCAACCUCUGAAGGAUGGACUAGAAUGAAUCAGACAGGAACCUUCAUAACUCCUGGCAUCAGAUACUUAGCUUAAAAGUUUGCAUACUCUGUGGUCAAGUGGGAUGAUGACGUUUCUGUUUGCUGCAGAGUAGAUAAUAGACUGAGAGAUAGGUAUUCAAAGUUUGUGUAAAAAUUUGAAGCUGUUAAUCUACCCUUGCAAAGUGGCCUUUAUAGUGUGAUUAUUUUAUACUUUAAAAAUAAAUGUGGUUAUAUUUGUUUGGCGUA